UAUUGCUAUUCGAAUGUAUAAUUUCUGAUUCGUCCUCCUAUGCUGAGGCUUGGUCAAAACCUGACUUAACGCCUUAAAUUGAUCUUCUCAAUUGUGAAGGAUGAGUGGUUCGUAAUCAAUCAACUAGUUACACAGGUUUACCGGAGAUAUUUUACCUGUACAGGUGAAAAUAAAAGUGUUGAAAUGCCGAGAGAAAGCAAACCCACGCUCUAGUCAACCUUCAGUAUGGGGUCGUCUUUGCAAGUGGAAAUUGAUCAGCUACCUGUGUUACAAAUGUAUUACCUGCUCCUUACACACGUUAGAGGAUGUGUUUGUAAUGUUUGAAAUGCAUUUUUCGGAUUUAUAUGUUCUUACACAGGAACACCAUUAGAUGGCGUAAUAGCACAGUGAAGGGCCUUCAUAUAAUAACAACGUUUUGAAUUUAAAAAUCUAAAAAAAUGAAGGAGUAUAGAAUAUCGACGCUAUCUGUAAUUGAAGAAAUUCCGACAACAGAAAGUUACGAUGUUACAAAAAAUGACACCGAAGAAAAUGACUUUAUUGAACCCAAUAAUAACAUUGAUAAAGGAAACGAAACAUCAAACAGUGAUUUCCACGGAAACAACGAUCUCCAUGGAAACAAUGAACUCCAUGGGAACAAUGAUCUCCAUGGAAACAAUGAUCUCCAUGGAAACAAUGAUCUCCACAGAACAAACGAUCAAUGUGAGAAAUGUGACACAGGCAAUGGCAAUGACCUUGGAACAUUAAAGGAAAAAGCUACGAAACUAAAGUUAAAAACCAGACGAACAAGUUAUGUGACAUGGGAAACAGAGAAGUUAGUUCGAUCCGGUGCGUUAUUUAAAGCGAGGCUACAGCACGAGGUGGUCAAAGAUCCACAGGAUGACCAAAGCCUUACACCCGAACGGAAAGAAAAAAUCAACAGUGACAUCGGAUGGAUCCGGAAAGAACUGCAUGCCAUGAGAAUAUUCGAUCAGAACCUGGCGAAAAAACUUCUGUCUCUGCGGCACGAAAUGCAUUCAUUAAAAUUGAAAUGGAGUUGUGACGAUCACAAAGAAAUGAUGGAAGAAGUCACGUGUGAUUUGGAGGAGCGUCAGGUUCUUCAAGACGUUUGUGAUCUGCCGCUUGGCCCAGUUGAUAUUAAUCCGCUGAAACAUCUAGGUGUGACGAGGAUGCAUUUAAGUGCACGACGUUUCAGUACGUGCUAACAGAACUAAAUCUAAUUCUAACAACAAUGAGGACAUACGUCGAGAGUAUCCUAUAUUACGCCACGUGCCCGUUUUUGCAAUAUAACAGCGACUACUAUUGGUUAAUUAUCUGACAGUUUUGAGUUAAGUGAACAAAUAAUAUUCAUGCAUUUUAUUGCAUGUGUGCAGUAACAUAAAAUUAUUUUGAAUGUAUUGUUUCCGUUGAUUUUCGAUAUUAUCUGUAUCUCUUGUUGUUAUUCAUAAAAACGGAAAAUACACACACAAUCAUAUGAAGUUAUUCAGCAAUCUCAUUAAUCGUAUUACAAAACGCUGAGAACUUACCUCGCCUCGAUGGAAGUUAAAUUCCACCCACGACCAAACAUGUUUGUUAAAUGCAAUAUGACCAUAUCUGCUGUUACAAUGUAAAUGGUGAAGUAAUGUCUAAAACCAUCGGAUAUACUUCUUUAUUACAUAAGGGUACCUGUCCUACUUCACUUUUUUCUUAUAUACAGUAACCUCCCCUUAAAAUCAUUUUGGAAGUAACUGUAUCGCAGUUUGUAUGAAAAUAUUAUACUACAAAACCAUAAAGAAAAGUGCACCGUUUUUUAAAUAUAUAUAUGCCAAUAAUACUUUGAUAAAGAAUGAUGUUUCCUUCCAACGAAUAGUAACUGGACAUCUUAUAACAGUUAACCCCCCUUUUGAAGAGUGUCAUAAUACCAUUCUUCACAUUCCUCAUUCCGUGCCAAAAUUAUCUGAAUCUGUAACCCUGUUGUUAAUUCAUGCAUAGCUUAUCGAAUUUUUAAAAAGUCUUAUCACACACUCAGUAGAUUAGAAACUGUUUGAUACAAGUGAGACAUGUACAUAGUCUUUCCUAUUAUUUACUACUUGUGGUUCAGUAAAUUGUUUUGUGUGAUUUGUGUGGAACCUUCUGAGACGAAACCAGGAGGCCGUAUUUGCCUGGACCAAAUUAAAAAAUUUAAGUUCCGGUUUUGAAUCUCGGUCCAGUCCAGCUGCUAUUUACACUCAGAAAACUGUUGUAUUUUUUCAUUUAAUUAUGAUUUCUUUUAAGCAAUGAUUUAUCAAAGCUAUAGUUGUGCCAGGAGAGACAGUUUUCAAUGUGAGGUUACGGUUUUUGGCAGUGGGAUCCUUAAGUAAAUCAGUUGAUACAUACCGUAUAUGACGACAUUGGAUUGAAUUUAUUAGAAACAAAAGGCCACUUUUUAUAGAUUGCAAAUAAUGAAAGUGUCUCUUCCUGUGAAAGUGAUGUUUUGAUUGACAUAUGAUUAAACAUUGUAUAUGUUGAAAGAGUAUAUUGUGCACAAAAUAAACUGCUACAUCAGUAUAUUAAAAUAUGUUGAAUUAUAGAUAAACUUCUUGGUUUGCAGAAUUUGUUUAUAUAGACACGUGUGGAAUUAUAUUGCUGGUUUAAAUUGUUAUUAAGGAUGUACUCUUCUGAGGUUUCAGUCACGUUCAAGUCUCGUUUUGAUCUAGUGUAACGGGUUUUU